AUGGCGCGCCGAUCACACACAUUCCUGCAUUAUCUGAGUGUCGAAGAAUUUUUUCGACGUCAUUUCUAAUGAAAAUGUAAACUCUAUUCCAAUACCAAUAGAAUAGAAAAAACAGGUAAAUAUAAACAGCUUAAGAAAGAUACUAAUUAAUUAGAGUUGAUUGUACACAAGAGAGAAAAUAUAUAACAAACUUUUUCUCACGUGGAUCAAUGGUUUGCCAAGUACGUUGUGGACUUGACAGACCAUUUAUGUUUACAAGUCAUGUAGAGUUCUAAAUACUAAUCGAUCAGUUGACACUCUGCAAACAUGUUUCUUUUCAGAUUUCGUAUUAAACUAUUUUGCUGAAAAAUAGAGAAUUAUAAUUGUCAGCAAUUUUUUAUAAUCUGGACUUUGUUCAUCACUAAGAGCUUAUUCAAGGGCUAUUAAAAAAGAUUAAAAAGGGAUUGCAGUUAAUAAACUCUAUCCGUAUAGAAGGAAAUGGGCUGUGGCGCGUCUGCCCAAGCAGAAGUUGAAAAUGAACAAAACAAAAAGAAUGAUGAUGAGAAAGAAAACGUUCAAGAAAAUAAAGAGUCAGAAAAGGAACAUAAAAAUGGAACAAUCAGCAAGCCAAGUUCAGGUAGUAGAAGAUCUGCAAAAGUUCAACCAUCGUUGGAACAAUCCGAAUUACCUGUCUUACCUCUUAACAAACCGGUAGCUUUUUGCGUUUCACUUGAUGGCCAGGAUCGCAUUGAUAACUUACUCAAAAAACCACCUAGGAGACUUCAGAGAUUGCAAUUAGACCCUCUUGCCGAUGCUCCUAAGCUAACGGCCAGUGAAUUGGAAGAAAAGCAACGAAUUGCAGAAGAGAAACGUCAAAAGCAAUUGGAAAAGAUUAAACAAAAGAGUAGGAAAACUUCUAAAAAGAGAUUAGCCCUUCAACAAGCCAAGGAAUUCGAUCAUAGCAACACCGAAAAAGCUCAAGAAAUAGAAGAAAAACUUAAAUCAGCAGAUAAAAACCGAGAGGCAAAACGUCGUCAACAGGAAGAAAAGAAAAGGGCUAGAGAAGAACGAGCCAAGAGAGCUUUAGAAAGAGCAAAGAAGCAAAAAGAAAUAGAGGAAGGCGGCGGAAUGGAUUACAAUGAAGUAGAAAAGGACGAACAGUAUAACAACGAUGAUAACGACUCGUGGCUCGACGGCGAGGCUAAUACAGCUGAUAUGUCAGAGAGAAUUUAUUCAGGUAGAGAAAGCCCACACAAACAGCUAACGGCGGUUCGAGGGAGUGCCGAACGCAAAGCAAGAAUGUCUGGUUUGUCAGCAAGCACGGCUGACAGUUUCGAUUACGCUUUUCAAAGGAAGCAGAAUUUUAGCGCAACUGGUAAAAAAAAUACGGAAAAAGACGAGUUCUUCGACUAA